ACGUUGAUAUCGUUGUGUAGAGUUGUGUAUAUUUCCGGCUCUGUCAGCCUUUAGGCUUCGGACUCGUAUUUUGGAGAAUCUGUCAUUCGAUGAAAAUCAACAGAAUGAAUAUCACUUCAGCAGCUGGUAUAAUCUCCUUAUUGGAGGAACCGAUGCCUGAAUUGAAAGUCUUUGCCUUGAAAAAAUUGGACAUGAUAGUCGACGAAUUUUGGCCUGAGAUUUCUGAGGCUAUAGAAAAAAUUGAGAUUCUUCAUGAAGAUAAAUCGUUCCAACAACAUGAACUGGCUGCUCUGGUUGCUAGCAAAGUAUAUUAUCAUUUGGGAAGUUUUGAGGAUUCGUUGACUUAUGCUCUUGGAGCAGGAGAGCUAUUUGACGUCAAUGCUCGAAAUGAAUAUGUUGAUACUACUAUCGCCAAGUGUAUUGAUUAUUACACUCAGCAACGUGUCCUGGAGGCAGAAGGAAAACUUCCACCAGGUAGUAAGGGCAUUGAUCCUAGACUGGAGGGGAUAGUGAAUCGAAUGUUCCAACGCUGCCUAGAUGAUAAUCAAUAUCGUCAAGCUCUAGGUCUUGCCCUGGAGACACACAGGAUGGAUAUAUUUGAAGCAGCCAUUAUGCAGUCUGAUGACGUGAGUGGAAUGUUAUCAUAUGCCUUCCAAGUAGCCAUGAGCUUGAUUCAGAAUCGUGGAUUUCGUAACACUGUACUCCGCUGUUUGGUCAGUCUCUACCGAAACCUCGGCACCCCCGAUUAUGUCAACAUGUGUCAGUGCUUAAUCUUCUUGGAUGAUCCACUAGCCGUAGCCGAGCUUCUGGAUCGAUUAAGCAAGGGUUCGCAUGACUGCGUAUUGAUGGCCUAUCAGAUUGCCUUUGAUCUGUACGAGUCAGCGACUCAGCAGUUUCUCGGUCGUGUUUUACAAGCUCUACGAGCCACUGCGCCAAUUCCGGGUGCGUUGAUGGUUAAACCUGUAGUUAAACCAUCCACUACUACUGCUGCCAAAAUCACUGAAGCUAGUACAGAAUCCACAAAUAUGGAGGUUGAUGAGGAAACUGCUACUCCCGCCGGAGAAGAAAAGGCUCAGCGCAGUGUCGAAAGUUUGAAUGCGGAAGAGAGGGAACAGCAAGAGCGAGUAGAUGCUUUGUCCAGUAUUUUGGGUGGCGAAGUAUCUAUCGAUUUGCAUUUACAAUUCCUGAUUCGCAGCAAUCACACAGAUAUGUUGAUCCUGAAAAACACCAAGGAUGCCAUACGAGUUUCAAUUUGCCACACUGCCACUGUCAUUGCGAAUGCUUUCAUGCAUUCCGGGACAACUAGUGAUCAAUUUUUGAGGGACAAUUUGGAAUGGUUGGCUCGUGCUACUAAUUGGGCAAAGUUAACUGCGACGGCUUCUUUAGGAGUUAUUCAUCGAGGUCAUGAGCAAGAAGCUUUAGCCUUGAUGCAGUCAUAUUUGCCGAGAGAUUCUGGUGCCGCCGGUGCCGGAUAUUCCGAAGGCGGUGGUUUAUAUGCUUUGGGACUUAUACAUGCUAAUCACGGAGCCGCUAUCACAGAUUAUCUUCUAGGCCAAUUAAAAGAUGCCCAAAACGAGAUGGUUCGUCAUGGUGGCUGUCUCGGUCUUGGAUUGGCUGCAAUGGGCUCGCAUAGACAAGACGUUUAUGAACAAUUAAAAUUCAAUUUAUAUCAAGAUGACGCCGUAACCGGUGAAGCAGCUGGAAUUGCUAUGGGAAUGGUUAUGCUGGGAUCCAAAUCAACGCAGGCGAUCGAAGAUAUGGUUGCGUAUGCCCAAGAGACACAACAUGAGAAGAUCUUACGUGGUCUGGCGGUCGGCAUCGCCUUCACGAUGUACGGCCGUCUCGAGGAGGCCGAUCCCCUGGUGACGUCUUUGUGCGCCGAUAAGGAUCCGAUUUUGCGUAGAAGCGGCAUGUACACUCUGGCGAUGGCCUACUGUGGCACCGGAAACAAUCAGGCUAUCCGCAAACUCCUGCACGUUGCCGUCUCUGAUGUUAACGAUGACGUUCGACGAGCCGCGGUUACAGGUCUGGGCUUCCUGCUGUUCCGGACUCCGGAGCAAUGUCCUAGUGUAGUGUCUCUCUUAGCGGAGAGCUAUAAUCCUCAUGUAAGGUAUGGCGCAGCGAUGGCCUUAGGUAUUGCUUGCGCGGGUACCGGCUUGAAGGAAGCUAUCGCUCUGUUGGAUCCAAUGACUAAUGAUCCUGUGAAUUUCGUCAGGCAAGGCGCACUGAUCGCUUCUGCCAUGAUUCUGAUCCAGCAGACGGAAUCCACGUGUGCCCGCGUUAAAGAUUUUAGAGCAUUAUAUGCUAAAGUUGUUGUGGAUAAACACGAGGAUGUGAUGGCUAAGUUUGGAGCAAUUUUGGCGCAAGGGAUCAUCGAUGCCGGUGGUCGUAAUGUAACCGUAUCUCUACAAUCGCGUACGGGGCACACGAACAUGUUGGCGGUGGUCGGUGCCCUGGUAUUCACUCAGUAUUGGUACUGGUUUCCACUUGCGCAUUGCUUGGCUCUGGCUUUCACGCCCACGUGUCUGAUCGCCUUGAACGCUCAGCUAAAGAUGCCUAAAUUGGAGAUCAAAUCAAACGCUAGGCCAAGCAUAUAUGCUUAUCCUGCGCCUCUUGAAGAGAAAAAGAGAGAGGAACGAGAGAAAGUCACCACCGCUGUCCUUAGUAUUGCGGCUCGUGCCAGGAGACGCGAGACUGAAAGAAAAGCCAGAGAUUCUCAUGAGAAGAUGGAAGUGGAUCCGCCUUCGGAGACGAAGGAGCUUCAAGAGGUAAAGGAAGCUGCAUCGUCUUCGAAAGAAAAGGAUGAGAAGAAGAAGGAUGAGAAAGAGGCUAAGGAAACCAAGGAGAAGCCCGAGAAAAAGGUAGUGAAAGACGGCGAUGAAAAGGAGAAGAAGGAGCCCGAGCCGAGUUUCGAAGUCCUCCAGAAUCCUGCGCGAGUUCUACGUCAGCAAUUGAAGGUCAUUCAGUUGGUCGAGGGUAGCCAUUACACUCCCGUUAAAGAUAUUCAGAUCGGUGGCAUUGUCAUGGUUAAGCACAUGCAGACGGACACCGAGGAAGAACUCGUCGAGCCUGUCGCUGCCUUUGGACCGAAGCCGGAGGAAGAGAAGGAAGCUGAGCCACCCGAGCCCUUUGAGUAUACUGAAGAUUGAACGCCGGAAAUAUGCGUCAGCCUGUCGUCCUGUCAUCCAUUAUUCGCCAUCGCGAUGGCAUUGCAAUACGCUCGUCGUCACUUUUUAUUAAUGUUCUCGCGUUUCUUUUUUAUAUUUGGUUUCCUUUUGUGUGUCUAUUUAAUUAGCGGAAUACUCUGCCAGCUGCAAUAAAGCCGUUGCAUCUCA